AGAAGUCGCCAUGAUGAUGCUCAUGGAUACUUUGACGGACAAGCCGAAUUGGCACGAGAAGGUGUUUGAUGAGGCCAUUGUCGCGAAAUGGCGGCACGAGGCCAUGACGCAGCCUCAGCAUAGCCUCUUUUUGAGAAUCAUGGAGGGCAAGUGGGAUUCAGAUAAACAUCCUUUUCCCCAAUGCCGAAUCCUCUCGGAAGAAGCCUUUGAGUUUUGCAUUGCGGAAUUACGCAACAAGGCCAAGUACUUUGUCGAAACCGGUCUAAUCCCUACUCUUGAUUCGGCGGGUAACGCCAUCAUCAAGUCGGAUAACUUGAUCAGUGACAGUCUUCGAGAUGAACUGGUCACGGCAUUUGACACGCUCCGAGCAGACCAGGCUGAGAAUGUGGACUGGCAUCCUCGAAGCAACGACAUGGUGCAGAACCUAGUGCACCCGUCCAUGUAUCCCUUUGUAUUUGGCCGGUCCAGGUUCCUUGAUGAGGAGCAAGUUGGCAUAAAAACUGCCCUCGCGUUCAUCGGCGAGGGCAGAGUCGUACCAGAAAUCGAGUCCAUGCCAGAUUAUGGUGAAAGAUUUCUCGACUCAUAUUGGAUAGGGAUAAGAAAUGUGGUUCCUAAAGAGUAUCGUUCAAGCGUGUACCAGUGGCUACCCGCCAAUGUGGCAUUCCGCGACGAUGGAACAACAGAGUUUACUAGCUACAUCAACAACCUGCAUCCAGAAGAGUAUCCGAGCAUUUACGAAGCAAUUGAGCAUGCCAUUGACACCGCUCUGCCCGCGUGGGACCAAUGUCUACGGAAGAACAUUACCUAUAAGCACGAUAUCGUGGCUGGGAGAUGUGACUCUCGUUUCGAGCUGAUAACUGAGGCAAGUGACGGAGACGAAGAUUUAUGGACGAAAUCAGCGACGUAUGGUGUACCGGAUGAUGACGAACCAGAUGAGACGGGUUAUGUUCGCACCUCAGCCUUUAGGGCGCUCAGAUAUCGGUGGCGCCACGUUCACACCAGCGUCGGUCCAUUACUCUAUCCCGGCGAGUGGGUUCAGGGCCGAGAAGCCAUUCUCCCAGAGCCGAAGGAAUUUGCAGAGAUCGACUACACGCCCAAGAGAAGACUCGGCAAGAUGUUCAAGAAGCACGGACUGCAGGUGAUUGUGAAGAUGGCGAGCAUUGAGUUGACUCCCGAGAAGCCUCAUUUCCCAUCGGGGUCAUGGCAUGUUGAGGGCCAGAUGAACGAGAGAAUAUGCGCCACAGCGCUAUUCUAUCUUGAUAGCGAAAACGUGACGGACAGCCAUUUGUCGUUCCGCAUGCAGACAGACUCGUAUCUGCAAGACCAUAUCUCAACCGGACAAGACCAGUACAACUACGUGGAGCGCGUCUAUGGCACCGGCCUGGGACACUCUGAUGCCGCCUGCUUGCAGACCUUUGGAGACGUCAAGACGCCUCAAGGCCGGCUGCUUGCUUUUCCCAACGUAUUCCAACAUCGAGUUUCGUCGUUUGGACUCAAAGACGCGACCAAGCCGGGCCACAGGCGUUUCCUGGCCCUGUGGCUUGUUGAUCCUCAUGAGCGCAUCGUUUCUACCGCCAAUGUGCCGCCUCAGCAGCGAGACUGGUAUGCUGAUAGCGAGAACUACCCGCCUGAGAGCCUCAUGACGGUGGGAGAGGCGCAGGAGCAUCGGCUGAAGCUGAUGGACGAGCGAUCGAGACACGACGUCAAAGUGGAGGGUGAACUACAGAGUGCUUCGUAUAAUUUUUGCGAGCAUUAGCGAUGGACAGUUGUAGCGUAGAUUUG